AUGGACACCCUCGGAAAGAUCCAGGACACCCUCUCCGGCGCUUACUCGUCGACGGCCGAAAAGCUCGGCAGCGCCUACGACACGACCUCGUCAACGUUGAGCGAGCUCAGCAACAACAUCUCGGGCGGCAUCAACGAAGCGACGGCUCAGGCACAGACGCAGGCCGAUGCGUUUAGGACGGGGGCGAAGGACUGGUGGGAGGCGUUCACCUCGCAGUUCGUCAAGCCCCAGGAGACAAAGUCGGAGAAUUCGAGCAAGGAAGAAUCCCACACCUUCAAGACGCAGCCUGAGGAGCCUGAGCCUGAGGGUCCCAGUGGAGGUGGCGAAGCUGCUGUAGCCGCUGCGGCGACCGCUGCCGCCUAUGCUGCUUCGGACGACGAUGAGGACAAGCAGGAGAGCUCGUCCGAAUCUCCUGCCGCUCUCGUUCAGCUCACCAAGAAGUUGAUCGAGAUCCGCAACGUCCUGCUCAGUGUUGAUCAGAGUGACGCGCUCAAACUCCCGAGUAUCGUUGUCAUCGGCUCUCAAAGCUCUGGAAAGAGCUCUGUUCUGGAGGCCAUCGUUGGCCAUGAGUUCCUGCCGAAGGGCGACAACAUGGUCACUCGCCGACCUAUCGAGCUGACUCUAAUCCACACACCCCGGAAGCCCGGAGCGAGCGAGCCCGUCGAGUACGGAGAGUUCCCAGACAUCCCACACCUGGGCAAGGUCAGCAACUUUGCGACCAUUCAGAAGACGCUCACGGACCUCAACCUCUCGGUUCCUGCCGAGGAGUGCGUCUCGGACAAGCCGAUCCACCUCAACAUCCACUCCCCCAACGUUCCCGACCUCACUCUCAUUGACCUGCCCGGCUACGUCCAGAUUUCGUCGCUCGACCAGCCCGAGAACCUGAAGGAGAGCAUUUCGGCGCUGUGCGACAAGUAUAUCCGGGAACCGAACAUUAUCCUUGCCGUCUGUGCCGCUGAUGUCGACCUCGCGAACUCUCCGGCUCUGCGUGCGAGCCGCCGUGUCGACCCUCUGGGCACCCGCACCAUCGGCGUAGUGACGAAGAUGGACCUUGUGCCCCCGCAGCAGGGUGCUUCGAUCAUCGGAGGCAACAAGUACCCGCUAAACCUUGGUUACGUCGGUGUUGUUUGCAAGGCUCCGCCGGUCAAGAGCGGGGGCGUCUUUAGCUCCAUGCGCGGCGACAGCGGCACGAUCACGAGGGCGGUUCUCAAGCGCGAGAGCGAGUUCUUCGGUGGAGAGAACGCCGGCUUCUUCAGGGGCUAUUCGAGGACAGGCAAGCCGCUCAUGGUCGGCACCGAUACGCUCCGACGACGCCUCAUGGAUGUGCUGGAGACGAGCAUGGCCUCGUCGCUGCAUGGUAUUACCAAUGCCGUCCAGCUCGAGCUCGAAGAGGCCAACUACCAGUUCAAGGUCCAGUACAACGACCGACGGAUCACCUCCGAGUCAUACGUCGCCGAGACGGUUGAUGCGCUCAAGGCGCGCUUCAAGGAGUACACGUCCCAGUUCAAGAAGCCGGCGGUGCGCGCCAAGCUCACCGACAUGCUGGAGGACAAGGUUAUGGACAUCCUUGAACAGCUGUACUGGAACGACGAGGUACGGGCCCAGGAGCUGUCCCGACUGGGAGAAGACAAGAAGCUGGCGUCAUCGGAGGACAUUGACCCGUAUUGGCGAUACAAGCUGGAGACGGCCUCUUCGCUCCUGACCAAGUCCGGUAUCGGACGCGACUCUACGUCUCGAGUGGCAGACGGCUUACGUGGUCUGAUUGACAGCAUCGCUGCUGGCGAGCCGUUCACAUUCCACCCGGGUGCCUCUGACCGCAUCGUCGACUUUUCUCACGCUAUUCUCCGCGAGCGCAUGGGAGUGACGGCGGACCAGGUGGAGAACUGCAUCAAACCCUACAAGUACGAGGUCGAAAUCGAGCCGAGGGAAUGGGAGCAGGGACGGGAACGCGCGGACCACAAGUUUGCGGAGGAGAUUGUGCUGUGUGACGCCAAAUUGGCCGAGAUCAAGCAGCGCGUGGGCGGCGGAAGGAGGCUGAACGGUCUCGUGAAGCAUGUUUCAGACCUGGAGAAGUGGCAGGAGGAGAAGAAGGCGCGGGCUGCCCUGGGCGACGAGCCGCCUGAGGGCGAGGAUGCGGGCGCCGAGCCGCAGCUCGACGCUUACAAGUAUUCUCCGGCCCAGAUCAUUGACGGCCGACACGCGCUCCUACUCCAGAACCGGCUCGCCCUCCUCAAGGCUCGCCAGCAUGCGAUCCGCUCGAAACGCUGCAAGGCGGGUCCGGAGCAGGCCGCGUUCUGCCCUGAGAUCUUCCUCACCGUUGUUGCCGAGAAGCUCGCGUACACGAGCACAAUGUUCAUCAACAUUGAGCUGCUCGAGCAGUUCUUCUACCAGAUCGACUCCCGCAUCCUGUACGACCUGGACCGCGACGAGAUCAAGAAGUUUGCGCUGGAGAACCCGAAGAUUCGAAAGCAUCUCGAACUGCAGGAGCGAAGGGACAAGCUGGAACAGGUGAGUGCCUUUUGA